AGAGAGAAAAAAGUGCAAAAAAUUAACUCCUUUUACGAGUGCGAAAGUUUUUCUAUCUUGGACUCCAAAGUUUAUCAUUUAUUAACAUAAAAAGUGCUACAAUCAAAAGUGAACAAGUGCUUCGACCAGUUAGUAGUGGAAUUUCGGCGAUUGGGGUGUAAAUUCUCCGGUAAAUCCACCCGACAAAAUCUGCCGCAGAGCGGCUUCGCCUGUCCGAUCGCAGAAGUGAAAAUCAAAGAUGGCUACCCAGUCCGUAAACAAAACCGGCUCCGGCUGGCCGCGGCGUACCAGCCAGGGUACGCUGAAUGACAUCAGCAAACCGCAGGGCAACCAAUCCAUGACACUGAACCGGACCAUCAAUUUGUACCCGCUCACGAAUUACACAUUCGGUACGAAGGAACCGUUAUUUGAGAAGGACCCGUCAGUGCCGGCCCGUUUCCAGCGUAUGCGCGACGAGUUUGACAAAAUAGGAAUGCGCCGCUCGGUGGAAGGAGUUCUGCUGGUUCACGAACACGGCCUUCCGCACGUGCUGCUACUACAGCUAGGAACGACGUUCUUCAAAUUACCCGGAGGAGAACUGAGUGCCGGGGAGGACGAAGUCGAAGGACUCAAACGAUUGUUGACAGAGACUCUAGGCCGGCAGGAUGGCGUCAAGCAGGACUGGAUCGUCGAGGACACGAUCGGCAACUGGUGGCGGCCGAACUUCGAGCCACCGCAGUAUCCAUACAUUCCGCCGCACAUCACGAAGCCGAAGGAGCACAAGCGGCUGUUUCUGGUACAACUGCACGAGAAGGGUGUGUAACGGGCAGUCUGUAGGAGAGGGGAAACGUAAGCGUCCUAUUUUAAAUGGUAUAACGUUCUUUUUUUAAAGUCUGAAGAUUCGAGUGAAAAUAAGAUAUCAGCUAUUGAACAGACCAGAAAGAGAAGAUUUAUUUUCAUACAAAAUGGUCAUGUUUGGGUAUUGAAAUCUCAAUUUAAAAAAAGAAAUGAGCAAUAAAAAGCCUACAGAUAAGUUUCAUUGACGAACAUCUCAAGUCAUCUUCUGUAACAGUCGAAUCACCAUGACUCCAGAAUUCCAUUCCCAAACAUGACUUUUCUGUAUGAAAAUCAAUAAUCAAGCCAAUGUUUAAAUGUAUCUGCCGAGCCGCGAUGUAUUUCAACAUUGCACAUAUAAAGCUGAUUAUUUUCUCCAUGAUUCCUCGUUUAAAGAUUGUUGUGUUUGCAACUGUUAUUAGUUUUGAUUAGCAUUCUUGCAAAGUAUUUCUUGUUAUCGCUAAUGAUCGAUGUAUGACGCUUACGUGGGGCCUAGGAAGUAGGAUACCAAUGUCAACACAAUUUGUAUAACAAAGGAAAUGUUUUCACGGCCAAAUAAUUUGCCUUGUUUGUGUUGUAUUUUUCAUAAUUUUGUUAAUUGGUUCUGUGAUACAUUUUCUAGUGAUGUGAAUCGCCUAGGACAUGAAAAAAUGUUUUGAUGUCAAUUCAAUUAAAAAAUAUUGUUAUUAGUGACUAUUUAAAAGCCAUUUGUUCAAAAGGAAUUGUUAUAAUUUGUUAAACGAUAGUAAUUGUAUCUUUCGACUACUGUCAAACGUUUGUAAUAUAUGAAACCAAUGAUACUCAACCAAAAAUGUAAUUAAUAUUUUGUGAUUUGUAACGCAUUUGAGAAUUGUAAAAAGUUCCUUUUUCCGAAGAUUAGCUUCACAUAAGCAAUAUUCUUCAAUUGACAAACUCCAGAUUCGAGGUUACCACUAAUUAGAAGAAAUAUCAGGCUUUUCGGUGACCGCAGAUAUAACUUUAUUGUACCUGAAUAGAUUCAGACGACAGCUGUUGGAAAUUACGAUAUCCAUUCAAUGAUAUGUUAAUCGAAUAAGAAAGUUUUUAGUCCGUCUGUGAUAAAAUUUAUGUCCACAGCUGCAAUUAAUUGUAUUUACCCAAUAUUGUACCCGUACAUUGUUGUUAAGAUGUAAAAAUGUGUACUUCUUCAUUGCUUUUCAUCGAUAAAGGCCUGUAAAAAUGAUGCAAUAAUAAUGAAUGCUGAAAAAAGAAAGAA